AUGGCUGGGAGGGCUCCUCCACCAUCCUUUUCGUCCUUCCCCGACCCGGACAAGCCGCGCCCACCACCGUCCUUCUCCUCGUUCCCCUCCCCACCUCGUCCAUCGACCUCGAGGGAAGACUCGCCUCCGCCGGCCAAGCGACCGCGCGCAGCAGACUUCCUCGAUGAGCUUGGAGGCGAGCUAGGCAUUAGCGACGACAGGAAGGGCAAGAAGCGGGAGAAAACUCGAAGCAGACGGUCUGAGGAGGAGGAGAGGACGUCGACAAGGCGUCGUGAGCGGGACGAGCGGUCUUCUGUGGACGACAGACGGGGCGAGAAGGGCAGGGAGGCACGGCGAAAGGGAAAGGAGCGGGAGCGCGAACGCGAGUUGGAUCGCAAGAGGGACGGCGACCGGAGACAUCGCUCGAAAGAGCGGGAACGGCGGCAUCGGGACGAAGACGGCUCGCGGCGAAGACGAAGCAGUGAGAGGGAAGAUCUGGAAGAAAGGAGGAAGACGGAGAAGGGAAAGACGCCACACGACCUUGUCCUGGCGACCCUUUCCGCAGAAACGGCAUCAGGUUCGUCUCUGCCGCCCGACCCGCCGGCGAGCGACACAGACAAGCCCGUGUUCUACGAGUCGCGACGAGGCGAUCCGAACAACCUGCGCUACGGGGGACUGCAUCGAGGGGACGUCCCGAAGUACCGGCGGGUCGGCGCUGGCAAGGUGAUCGGGCUCAAUGACGGGUUGCGCAUCACUAGGGAGACGGCGUAUUCGGGUAGGGGUGUCGAGAUUGCGCCUGUGAACAGGUUCAAGACGCCUCGUUACGUCGACCCUGCAUCACUGCGCCACCUUACCGACAAGAACGCCAAACGUCUCAUCCUCCGUCCCGCUCAGCCGCAGGAUCUGCGGGCUCUUGGCGAACCUGGAACUCAUCGCGCCGCCUUCGAUCCUUUCCAGCCGUCUGUCGACGAGAACGGCCUUACGACCGAAUACGUGGCUCUUGAACGCGAGCGGACUACGGCGCAAAAGCUCGACAAGCUCGAGCACGAAGAAGGGACCGAUUACCGCUCGAUCGCCGGUCUCGUCAAGGCUUCCGACCUCGCCGAGAGCUCGGAUGAUGAAGAUUCCGACGACCUUUUUGGUGGACUCGGCAUCAGCGGCGGCGAGUCGCACGCAGACUACCUCAAGCGCCAAAACCUCGAGCUCGACCGCGCCUUGCGAGACCACCCGUCGAACGUUGACAAGUGGAUCGAGUUCGUCGACUUUCAGGACGAGGUGGCGCAGUCAAGCUUUGUCGGCGCUUCGGCUUUGUCGGCGGCCAAGCGGGCGCUGAGCAAGGCGGAAAGAGCCUCGACGAGCGAGAUCAAGCUAGCCAUUCUCGAGCGCGCACUCGCUCAUCCCGGCAACGCCAAGUCCGAGCAACUCAUCCUCGCACAGCUCAGAGCGGCGUCGGAUAUCGAGGAUCCGAAGCGUGUCUUGCAGCGAUGGAAGGAGGCGCUCAUGGCGCAUCCCGACUUGACGGGACUCUGGAUCGAGUACGUCAGCUGGCGGCAGACGACGUGGUCGACCUUCAGUGUCACGGACGUUGUCGACGUCUUCGAAGAGUCGUUUGUCGUCCUCGCUGACGCCAUGAGCGGGGAAGAGCCUGGUUCCAGCGCUCGCGAGAUGCUCGAAGCGAACGCCGUCUACCUACUCCUGCGCUUUUGCUUGAUGCUGCGCCAGGCCGGCAAGUCCUGCUUCUCCGAACGCGCCCUCGCUACUUUCCAAGCGAUCGUCGAGCUCAACCUGUUCCGACCUGCCGACUUCGACCGCCUCCAGUACGAACGCUUCAUGCCGUGGAAGCAGCGCGUUCUCGCCGCCUUCGAGUCCUUCUGGGACACCGAAGCGCCUCGUAUCGGCGAGACGGAUGCUAAAGGUUGGCGGUCGACGACGGACCAGGACAUGCCGCUCGAAGCGGUCCCUGCGAGCGAUGUUGCGAUCGUCGAGGCGCAGCGCGAGGAUGGAGCGCGACCGCAUGAGCAAUGGGCGAGGGCGGAGCGGAUCGCAUCCGAGUCGCAUCGUCCCGCACGGACGACCGACCCCGGCAUGGACGACUCAGACGACCCGUACCGAGUCGUCCUUUUUGGCGACAUCCGACCUUUCCUCUUCUUCGUCGACUCGCCCGACUCGCGACUGCAGCUUGCCUACGCCUUCCUCACCUUCCUCGGCUUGCCCUUCGUUCCGCCUGAUGUGCCGACCUCGACGCCUUUCACCACCGACCCCUUCAUUCACUCCGACCUUGUCGAACGACCGUCGCUCAUCCAGCGGUUCUGGCCGUCCGACUCGAGCGAGAAGCAGUCAUACGGCCUUGUAGACGGCGAGCCGAUGGAGCUCGAGAGGAAGAGCGACAUCAAGGAGCCGUGGCAGACGCCGUUCAAGGCGGCGCCGGCGAUGGCGGACCUGCUCUUUGGCUCGGGAAAGGCUGGGUGGUUCAGGACGCUCGUGCCGGAGGACUUGCAGGACAUCGAUGUCGAGCUCGCCAAAAACGCCCUCAAUCUCCUCCGGACAGUUCCGCCCGAUGUCUUCCUAAUUCUCGACGCCUUCUCGCUCGAGAGUGCCCAGAGUCCGAAGGGCGCCGUCAAGCUCGCCAAGCAGGUCCUCCGCGACAAGCGCCAGGACCUCGCACUCUGGGACGGCUACGCCCGCAUCGAGCGGUCUCGCGGCAAAGUUGCCGAUGCGCGGCAGGUCUACUGCACGGCGCUCUCGAUGUAUCGCUCGUUCGCGCCGCCAGAUCAGGUCGACGGUCCCCUUCUUUGGCGAGCUUGGGCAGAAAUGGAGUGGGAAGAAGGUCGGCCGGCAUUGGCAUUGAGGAUAGUCAUUGCAGCAACGAGUGCUGAGAAGGUGGACCUCGCUUCGCUCGCCGCAACGACCGAAACCGACCGCCCAUCUCCCGCCACCAUCCUCCGAGCUCGUCAGUACUACGCUCGCGAGCUCGAAGCGUCUUUCCAGCCACGAGCGACGCAAGCUCUCCUUCGCAACCGCAAUCACCUCGCCUUCUCGCUCGCCCUCUUCGAGUACAUCUCGCGCGGCCUGUCGACAGCCGUCGAUAUCCUCGAGCAGCAUCUUCUGCGACUUGACGGCGCCGGUGCAUGCGGUACGGCCGAGCACGAGGAGGCGUUCGUCCUCUACGCCAAGCUGCUUUUCCGACACUCGAGCCGUGGCAAGGGCUACAAGCCUGGUCAGCUGCGAGAGCUGUUGGACCGCGCUCUUCAGCAGUACAAGAACAACUCGCUGUUCCUCUCGCUGGCCUACCACAACGAGCUCCGCAUGAAGAUUCAAAAUCACUUCCGCCUCGUCAUGGAGGAGAAGGUGCUCAAGGAGAACGCUGCGACGAGCGAAGGCUGGCUGUUCGCCAUCUUUGCCGAACUGCACCUCGACGCCCGGCGACCGAACAUCUGGGCGGUCCGCAACCUCUUCGACCGGGCGCUGGACAACCCCAAGACGAAGUCGUCGCCCUCGCUCUGGACGCUGUACAUCGACUUCGAGGUCCGCAACGGCGAGCUUCAGCGCGCCAAGUCGCUCAUCUAUCGGGCUAUCCGCGAAUGUCCUUGGUGCAAGGAGUUCUACCUCCGCCCCUUCUCCCCGGCACUUCGCUCCGUCUACCGCUCCCGCGAGCUUCGCGACUUUCACCACCUGCUUCUCGAGAAGGGUCUUCGCGUACGCGUCGACUUCGAGCCGUUCCUCGAAGGAGUGGUCACGUCCGACAUGGAGGACGAGGAGGAGGGAGAGGGGCCGAUGCUGGAGGAUGCGGGAGAAGAGCUGCUAGCGGAGAGGCGACGACUGAUGCCGUACUGA